AUGAAGUUUCCAGUGCCACCACCGGGCAAAGAAUUGCAGAAUCAAAAGGCUUCUUUUGCUGCACUAUUGAGGCAUUGCACCGCAUUGACCAAGGGCAACCAUGUCCAGCAGCAGAUUCGGCAAUCCAAGCUCGAAGGAGAUACUCUGCUUGGAAACCUUCUGGUGGAAAUGUAUGGGAAGCUUGGUUCCUUGCAACAAGCAGAGGAGGCUUUCAGCAUGAUCAAGCUGAGGAAUGUUUUCUCUUGGACCAUCUUUCUCGCAGCAUUUGCUCAGAACGGGCAUUUGGAUCACGCAGCAGUCAUCUUGGAGAAAAUGCCGCAGAGGAACUCGGUCUCGUGGAAUUCUGUAAUCUCCUCGUGCGCUCGGUGGGGUGACUGCAAGAGGGCAUUGUUUUUCUACCGGAGAAUGGAUCAAGCGGGCGAGAGGCCGAGUGAGAUGACGCUCUUGGCCGUGGCGGAGGCUUGCAGCAGCGGUGGUGCCAAAAUGCUAGAGCAGGGAAUGUCCGCCCAGCACAGAAUCGUCGAGAGUGGCUUCAUGGCGGACAACCAAAUGGUUGGCAAUUCGCUUGUGAGCAUGUAUGGCAAGUGCGGAAGCAUCGAACACGCAACCUACGUGUUUGAGAACUUGCUCCUCGAGAGAGACAUGGUCUCGUGGAACUCCAUGCUUGGAGCGUGCGCUCUAAACGGAUGCUUGAACGACGCCGAGGAUUUCUUCGACAAGAUGCCGGGCCGCAGCAUUGUUUCUUGGAACUCGAUGAUGACUGCGUUUGCUCGUAAUAGACGAGCCAAGGAUGCCGUGCUCCUCUUCCAGGAGAUGGAGGCUAUGGCGGACGUAGCUCCAAACGAGGCAAGUUUUGUGAUAGUUUUGGAUGCCUGUGCCACUCACUCGUUGCUUCCACAGGGAAGGCAAAUCCACGAGAGCGCACGAAGGAGGGACUUAGAGAGCGAUACAGUCGUGGGGACGCUCCUCGUUAACAUGUAUGGGAAGUGUGGAAGUUUGCUCGAGGCCGAGGCAGUGUUUGCGUUGCUCCGCGAGCCAUGUCUCGUUUCCUGGAAUGCCAUGAUCUCGGCUUGCAAGGUCGUCGUCCAGUACGAGUACUUUGGAACUCGGCGAGGCUAUAACACUCUGAGAGCUCUAAAACUCUUGCGAAAAAUGGAUCUGGAAGGGUGUCAAGCAGACGAGAUUACGAUCUUGAGUGUUGCCGAUGCUUGCCAUGACUUUGCUACUGCAAAGCUAGUUUUUUCAAGCAUCGAAGCUCGCCAUCUCUUUGCUGGUAGUGUUUUCGUCAACACGACGUUUAUCAAUGCGUUUGCGAGGUGUGGAGCCUUGAAAGAGGCAAAAAAAGUUUUCGACAUGAUGCAGGAGCGAAGCGUGGUGUCCUGGAACUCGAUGCUGUCAGCUCUCGUCCAGCACGGGGCCUCGUCACGAGCUCUGGAGCUGUUCCAAGAGAUGGAUCUUGAUGGAGUCCAAGUAACAGCCGUGACCAUCGUCACAAUUCUCGAGAUUUUUCCGGAUGACCAACAACAAUCUUUACGUAGACUCGGCGAAGAGAUCCACGCAGCCGUGAUGAGCACCGACUUAGAGCUGGAUCCUCUCGUUUCUUCCGCGCUCAUCAGCAUGCAUGGCAAGUCCAGAGAUCUGGAAGCAGCAACAAAGGUCUACAACCAGAUCAAAAACCAUCCCGGCUCGAUGGCGUCGCGGACAGCAAUGCUCACUGCGCUCUCCCAGAAUGGUUAUCUAGAACAAGCGAGACAAAUCUUCUUGGAGGCAAUACCUUUCGAAAGAAGUACCAGUGCUUGGAACGCCAUGAUCUCUGCCUAUGCACAGAACAACGAGGACGAAAGCGCAGUGGCAACUUUCCUGGCUAUGGUGGUCGAAGGUGUGACUCCAGACAAUGUAACUUUCACGUCCUUGCUCGGCUCGUGCUCGGCGCUUCCGCUAGAUCUCGUAAAGCUCCUCCACGCCACCAUGGAAGACGAUGAUCCAGCAUUUGAGCUCGACGAUUUCGCCACUAGCGCCCUGGUGAAGAGUUACGGCAAGUGUGGCGACUUUGCGAGCGCCUCCACGGUUUUCCACGAUCGGCUUUCAGCGGAGGAUCCGGCGUCUUGGAACGUUGUCAUGGCGGCGUUCUCUCAAAACGGGGCUCCCGGCGAAUCGAUCGGCUACUUGAGAAGGAUGCUGCUAGCUGGCGUGAGGCCGAAUCUCAUCACUUUCGCCACCGCCCUGGAUGCGUGCUCAAGCCUCGCGCAAGCGACGCUGGCGUCGCUCCUCCACUCGAUGAUUGUCGAGUCUAGGCUGGAAAGCAGCGAGCUCGUGAGCAACGCGCUCGUCAACCUCUAUGGAAAGUGUGGGAUCUCUCGCAGCGCUCUGGAUGUUUUCCGCGCCAUCCCUCGCCAGCAGCAAACCGUGGUGUCGUGGACGUCUAUCAUUACGGCGGUGAGCGAGAGCGGCGGCGAUCCGGCACAGGCGCUCGAGUUCUUCCGCGCGAUGAAUCUCGAGGGAGUGGCUCCCGACCAGGUGACGUUCGUGUCGAUCCUCUCGGCUCUGGGACACGCGGGGGGAUUCGAGGCGUGCCAUGGCUGUUUCUGGAGCAUGCAAGCGGAGUUUGGAGUGGAACCCAUAGCCGAGCACUACGCUUGCAUCGUAAACUUGCUGGGACGAGCGGGAGAGUUGCGUAGAGCCGAGGAGCUGAUUGGGAGCAUGCCUUACGAGCCGGGGUACCUGAUAUGGAUGACGCUGCUUGGAGCGAGCGGGAUCCACUCCUGCUCCAGCUUUGGCGCGCGAGCGGCGAGCAAUGUGUUGACGGUUGACGUCACCCAAGCUGCUGCAGUUCCAUAUGUUCUCCUGUCAAAUCUUUAUGCAGCGGAGAUGGCUGGACUCCAAUCUGUGUAA